AAACGGAGAUUAAAGGUUAUAAAAUGAAGGAUUUUCUAGCUAUUUGCGGCUUUAUUUGCUAUGAUUUAACCGAGCCGCUUUACAUGUGCGUCUGCUAGCUAACUUGUGGUGUAAGUUUAAAUAUAAUAGAUUUUCGGAAAAUGCGCAUACUCUCCCACGUAUCGGUCGAACAACUAUUAUUACAAUGCAUAUUCAAGUGUUUAGUGUAUUCAAGAAGCGUAAUCAGUGCAGUGAGCGUUGUUAUCGUGUGGCUACACACAUCAACAUGCGAGAUUAUAUUUUAAAAUGGAUACUAGCACUAGUAUACUUUUCCGAUCGGUGAAAAGAUGUUUUGUUUCAUAAAUGAUAUAUUUUCUAGUUAUAUAUGACGGACAAGAAGAGGCAAAUUGCCAGGAUCAGUGGUUUAACUAUCCGGAAUUGUCAUCUAUAUAAGGGAAAAUGGAGACCAAAACUUGGAGAAAAACUGCUGAUAGCCUGCGAGGAUCCGGCAGAUACAUCAACAUCUGGAACCAGUGUUAUAGAAGUAUUGAGAACGGAUAAUGGCCAUACUGUGGGUCAAGCACCAUCAGCACUGCGGAGUGAUUUUGCUCAGUUUCUGACAGAAGGUGGACAUAUAACGGCGGAAGUAACACACACAAAGUUUAGAUCCGUGAAUAAUGUAGAAGAGGUAUUUUGUGACUACAUACUCCAGGGGCCUUCUAAAGCAGCGAUAGGGAAGAUCCUAAAUGAUCUGCAGGACGCAUUACAGGGACCAGAGUUGGAACGCUACAGUCCAUCCAUGGUGAUUACAGAAGAUACAUAUUGUUGCUACUACCACCAUGUUGUAUCGAAAGCACCAGACCUUGAAGCCAAAUGCAAAGCGAUGUCAAAAUAUCCAAAGAGAAGACGGACACGUGCAUUACAAUCCAUGGAUUGCUCAAGCUGUGAUCCUAGAUGCAGUUAUCAUGAAGAAAGACGUCUUGGAAGAAAACACAAGACAGAAACAAGUUCGGCAGUUACAGAUUGUGUACCAAAACACCUGUCACAGAAGAAAUCAGAAGUUGCUAACAUUUCUGAGACAGAAACACCGGAGAACGCGACUGAAAAAGAAACUGGCGAUCAGUUACCAGAUGAACUUGAGAAUGACCCAUGGACAAGACAGAUUUAUGAAAGUGCAAUUGAACAAGGAGAGGAAGUCGAUUAUACUAUGAGAUUGAUGAUCAUUGGUUGCUACGGACAAGGAAAAUCUUCACUCGCUAAACGGUUGAUGGGACAGUCUAUUGACAGUGUUGAAUCAACAAACGGUAUAGACGUUAAUAUAUGUGAAAUUUUAAAUGAAGGAUUCAAAUGGGAACAGAAAAGAAAUGAGGAUGCUGCAACAGAAAGUAUCAAACGUCUGGUUUCCAUAGCAAGAUCAAGUUCAUCUGUUUCGCUGGAAAGCUUGAAUACAAAUGCAAGUGAUGAUGAAAGAGAAGUUGCGAAUAUGGAUAUAGACUGUAAUGAAACAGUUGACUUGAAGAUAAAAAGAACAAGCAGUAGUUUUGAAUAUAAAAGUACAAAUAAAGCAAGAGCAGAUAAAGAGAAAGUUGGUGAAGAGGUUGGUAAAAAUGAAAAAUAUUCAAGUCCAUCACCUAAGAAAAAGAAAACGGACUCAGUAAAUGUUAAGCGAUUCUCAACAGAACUUCGUAAAUCUGUCAGUUUUGAAAAAGAGUCUAUUAAUGAAAGCAGAAAAACUCUAAGUAUUUGGGACUUUGGGGGUCAGUUUGUUUACUAUGCCACACAUCAGCUAUUUCAUUCAAGACAUGCCAUAUACCUUCUUGUAUUCAGCCUGAAUAAAAGUCUUGAUCAAGUAGUGAAGGAUGAUGAAAAACCUAGAACAGUUAAACCGAAAACAAUGAAAGAAUAUAUCAAAUUUUGGAUAAGUUCUGUACAUUCUUUUGUGGGUAAUGAACAUGGGACUGAACCAUCUAUCAUUCUGGUAGGAACUAAGAAAGAUUUAUUGGACUCAGAUGUUGAUAUAGAACAAAAGUUUGAAGAAGUGAGAAAACUGUUUGAAGGAAGCAAGAUGCUAUUCCACAUACAUUCUGAACAUUUUGCUGUCUCAAAUAUUGAUGAAUCCAAUGAUGAAAUAGAAAAAUUGUGUAGAGCAGUAAACUACCUUGUAGGUAAACAGUGUAAAGGCAACUUGAUUCCAGCAAGAUGGAUUCUGUUGGAAAGAAAAUUGAAAGAAAACCGCCAUCUAAAGAUAAUCAACUUUGAAACUGUGUUGCAAUUUAAUGAAGAAAAUGAAAUAGCAAUUGAGGAUGAAGAUCAAAUCAAGCUGUUUCUCCAGUAUCAUCAUGCACGUGGAACAUUCUUCUAUUUUGAUGAUGGUGCUGAAUCACGAGUUGUGUUGGAGCCACAGUAUAUUGUUGAUGCUUUCAAAUGCCUCUUAACCUCUGAACGCUAUUGCAUUGUUAGAGCUAGUUUACGGGAGUCUUGGCAUAAACUUUGUGAUAAGGCAAUACUUGAUAAAGAACUUCUUCAUGAUGUAUGGAGUAGAGAUCCACAAAACGAAUUCUCAAAGUUUGAGGAGGUCCUGAUAUUCUUUUUACAAAAACAUAGAAUAAUAGCGGAAGCUUUGAAAUUUGAGGGAAAUGACAAUACGUGUAGCAAGAAAUAUGACUCUCAUGGAUUUUAUAUAGUCCCGAGUCUUCUUAGUAACCCCACUGAUGGCGAGAUCGAUGCAUUAAUGAAAGGAAAGAAGCACACGCAAGUUUCUCUUGUGUAUAUAUUUGAACAUGAAGCAGUUGUCCCGACAUUGUACUACAGAAUUGCUGCAGCUGGAUGUGGGAGAUGGCCUCUCAUUGAAUUUGAAAAUGAACCGAUGAUUUUUGAGAACGCAGUAGUGUUUAAACUGAGUGUGGAUCAUGCAGGCUUACUUAAACUACAUAGAAAUACCCUAGAACUUAUUGGUAUAGGUCUGUGUCCACCACAUAGGAUCAGUGUGGAUGAGAAUGAUUUAUUUCGCAGAUUUGUAGAGAUGGUUAUCAGUCAAGAACUGAAAAAAUUCCGUGGUAGUUGUUUUGAUAAGCAAGAUCAAAGUUUGUAUACAAUUUCUGUACGGUGCUACCACAAACAUCACAAUCUCAGUGGAAGCAAAAAUGUUCAGGAUCUUGAAACUUUGAAACAGUGCAAUAAACGACGGACAGGGUGCCCUGAUAAUCAAAGCCAUUCUUUAAAAGUGACUAAAAUCUUAAAUGAAUGGUAUAAAACUGGUUUGGACAUACGUUCAGUCCCCAAACGAACACUGAACAAAAUUGAACUUAGCACACUAUCUAUGGCUUUUGAAGAAAACUGGCAACAGCUUGGAUUUCAGUUAGGUUUUGAUAAGGCAGAAAUUGAGGUAAUUGAUAUGAAGAGAAGGUUAACAACAUCCAUGAAAAUCUUUGAAAUGCUCACUUGUUGGAUGAAUAGAGAAGUUGAAAAUGCAACACUAGACGUGCUUGUUAGAGCUAUAAAUAGGUGCAAGAGGGUACUGAAAAUUGAUAAGGAUGUUCUGAGGAAUCUCGUUGAUGAUUUGAACAAUUGAAGUCACGUGACAUGGACAAUGUUUGAUGAUACUGACGAUAAUGGAAUUGUAUUCUACUUACUAGCUGUUAUACUAGAACGUUGAUUAGCCCACCUGCUUAGCUCAGUAGGUAGAGCCUUGGUCUACGGAUCGUGGGGUCGCGAGUUCGAUCUCCGGGCGGGGCGUAUGUUCUCCGUGACGAUUUGAUAGACGACAUUGUGUCUGAAAUCAUUCGUCCUCCACCUCUGAUUCAUGUGGGGAAGUUGGCAGUUUCUUGCGGAGAACAGGUUUGUACUGGUACAGAAUCCAGGAACACUGGUUAGGUUAACUGCCCACCAUUACAUAAAUGAAAUACUGUUAAAAACGGUGUUAAACCCAAAACAAACAAACAAAAGAACGUUGAUUAUUAUUUCUAAGAUACCGUUACUUAAAUGUAAUGUAUGAUCACUUCAGACACAGGCUAUUUAUAAUUAGAGCCUAUUCUCAAGAACUGAACAACACAUUUUUUAUAUCAAAACUAUUACAAAUUGUAAAUAAACUAUUUUAUUAUAAAA